AUGAAGAAAAGGGAACAUUUCUUCUUCUUCGGAGACACUGAAGACGUGGAGACUGAAGAAGAAGACGUCGCCUCCACUGUUAUCUUGGCAAUGAAACAAAUCAUCAUAGUGUGUGUAAAGGAGGAGGAUUACUGUAGAAGUGUCACCACAUGUUUUGCUAUUCUUUUAUGGCGGCUAGGAGAAAAGACCAUGAAUCUAACAGUACCGGAAAAUCAGAAAAAAGAAUACCGACUUUUGGUCCAACAAGCAUUGCUAUAG